AAAAUGAAAUCCACGAGAUCGUAUGACGUAAGAUUACAGAUAUUCUAUGUGAUACACGAUCAUUUCGUACAAUAAUUUUUGCGAUUCUGUUUAUUAAAGAUGAUUUGCAAAGCUGAAUAUGUCAACAUUGGCCUAUAACUUGUGAAAUGUGUGCCACCGUCAUCCUUAGCUGAUAAAAAAGGUCAAGUUUAAAAUAUUGAUUUUUAACUGUUGAAUUGAUGUUUUUGUUUUCAUAAGUUAGGAACUGUCACAAAUGGAAGGUUCACGAUUUCGUCAUCAAAAGACUCAUACUUUAGGAUGAAUCCCUCUAAUGAUUCCCAAUAUUUUGCAAGGGUGAAUGAAUCUCAGAAACUCCUAAAUUUACAAGGUUAUUAUUAAUAAAGACUAGUUUAGUUGAAUUGUAGUGGUCUAUUAGCAGAGAGAAUGAGCCAGCUAGGGAGACCAACUUCAGGAAAAAGAAGAUUGAAAGAUCUUUUGGUCCAACAUGAUAAUUGUGUUUGUGCAGAUUAUCCAAAAUGGGCGUCUGCAAACAUUGGAGUAUUUAUUUACUUAAAGUGCUGCGGCAUGCACAUAAGCCUCGGUACAUAUAUUUCAAAGGUUUUAUCUGUGACAUUAGAUGAAUGGUCUGAUGAUGAAAUUGAUGCACUGAUUGAGAUUGGAGGAAAUUUUUAUUCUAAUUCAAUUUAUGAGGCUUACCUUCCUGAAGGAGUCGCUAAACCUUGACCAGAUGCUAGCCAUGAAGAGCGUUCAAAAUUUAUCAGGUCCAAGUAUGAGCUUCAAGAAUUCUUGAAACCUAGCCUACGUAUUACAUCAGCUUCUAAAAAAGGCUCUUUGCAAGCAAGGUUGUCCCAGAAGAUUAUGAAUAAUUUUCGAAGUUCAAGUUCGUCAUCGCAGCAAUCAGUAAGUCCUCUUCCCCUGUUUGUGCCCCUUUCGCACAUUACUUCUUUACCAGAGAUAUUAUGUUUCGGUUCACCUUGUUUCAAGUCACCACCUUAUCGGAAAAUAUAUCUUAUUGCUGACAGUCUUCCAAUGACAAAAUUUUCUGCGUUUACGCAGCUGCUUAUCUCCAUUCUCCACAAUCCGGUGGUGCCCAUUUUUUUUGUCUUUCUUAAAUUUACAUCACAAUAAUUAGACUGGCAAAAAAUAUGUGUCCUGAAAGGAAAUGUCAAAAGUUAAUUAAGAUAGAUAAGAUUUAUUAAGAUGUUACAGAUUUCACUGGCUUCUUGAUGCUUCUGUGAAUUACUAUUUCUGUAUUUAAGUGCUUGAUUUUCGACUGGUCAAACUUCACUUUUAAUCACACAUUUCAGGGGACUCACAAUUUUUAUCAACUUCUUAACCACACGUUUCAUCAUCUUUACCACAUUCUGCUAUUAAAAGCCUUGUCAAACAACGCUUAAGGUUACAAAUCAACUUCAGGAAGGCAUGGUGGAAUUUAUUGGGAUGUUGAAGAUCAUAAUAAUCAAAGGCACAAAUUUAGCUGUCCGAGACAUGCUGUCAAGUGAUCCUUAUGUUGUCUUAACUCUUGGGAAGCAGGUUACUGAACUGCUUCCCUGUUUUCCUUGGUUUUAGGGACCGAAACUGGGAUAUCGAAAAGGUGAUAAUCUAAACCUACGUACUAUAACUUCAGACUUCUGAUUUUUUGGCUAGUGAGAUCUGCUAAGCAUGUUCUUAUUUCAUUUCUUUUCACAUUGUAUUAAAUAUGGAGUGCUGAGAAGCUAAAAAAUUUACGGUAUGAUUGGUAAGGUAGAUUGAACACUAAUGACUAUUAAUGAAGGAUAAGAAGUUAAAAUCGGUGCCAGUAUAGUUCAAUACUGUGGACCAACCCUUUGUCCUACAAUUAGCUUUUUGGGUAUAUCAGAGUACAAUUAUUAUAGAUUUCUUGUGCAAACUUUCUUAGACUUUCUUAGAAAGAAUAUCUGGACAAUAAACAUAUAUAUAUCUCAUUAAGCUCAAAUCAUAAAUCUUGCAUAACAGUGCUUGCUUUUCCUUUGUUGUUGAAAACUGGGUGGUUCAAUAUGUCAGUUCAAAGUGCGGUAUAUAUUACCAACUUCUAUAAAGCUGUCAUGCUGGUUCUUUCUGUUAUUAGAAAGCACAGACAGCGCAGUUUGAAUCCUGUCUGGAAUGAGGAACUUGUGCUUUCGGUUCCACAAGACUUUGAUGCAAUAAAACUGGUCAUCCGUCUACUUCUUUUCUUCGCAUCUUGUUUCCCUCAAGAUUUUUUUCCUUCGUUGGUUCCUUGUGUUGGUAUUUUACAUCUUGUCUAAACUACAGAAGUUUUUGAUUGCGACACAUUUUCGGCGGACGAUAUAAUGGGAGAAGCUGAAAUAGAUAUUCAGCCAAUGAUAACCUCAGCAAUGGCAUUUGGAGAUGCAGGAAUGUUUGGAAACAUGCAGAUUGGAAAAUGGAUGAAAUCACACGACAAUGCACUAAUAGAUGAUAAUACUGUUAACAUUGUUGAUGGGAAGGUGAAACAGGCAGUUUUACUCAAACUCCAAAAUGUAGAAUCUGGAGAAUUGGAUUUAGAACUAGAGUGGGUACCUCUCGAACGUAGUGGCUUGUUUGGUAAAUUGGAGUCUAUCCUACUCGAUAGUAUUGUACCAGAAGUUAAAGUUUUGUAAAUCGUAAUCCAGAAAUGCAUACCAAACACGCCCUAGAUGUAUUUAAAUGAUUUUUCACUUCCCAUUGACAACUAGAAGCAAAAUUUUCAUGUUU